AUGGGUCCUCCAUACGUCGUCGGAGUAGAUGGGGGUACGGAGGGUAUACGUGCUGGCGUGUUCGACCUUGAUGGAAAUGCCUUGGCCUUCUCCAGCUGCGCGUAUGCAACGCAGUACCCGCAGCCGGGGUGGGCGGAGCAAGAUCCUGACGCGUGGUGGAAGGGGCUAGGAGAGGCCGUGAGGGAGGCCGUGUCCAAGUCGGCGGUGUCGGCGGCGGACAUCGUGUCGAUCGGGGUGGACACAACGUGCUGUUCCGUCGUGGCUCUCGACGCCAAUGGCCGUCCCCUACGACCCUCCCUCCUGUGGAUGGACAUGCGAUCCGCGGGCUGCGCGGAGCAGGUGGCCGAGACCGGAGACGACGCCUUGAGGGUAAACUCCGGGGGAAGGGGCCCCGUGUCUGCGGAGUGGAUGAUCCCCAAGGCGCUCUGGCUCAAGAAAAACGAGCCGGAGCUGUUCGCGCGCGCGCAUUACGUUUGCGAAUACCAGGACUUCAUCAAUUUUCGUCUGACCGGGCGCAUGGUGGCCUCGGUCAACAAUGCCUCGAUUCGGUGGCACUACUCCACCACCCACGGAUGGCCGGUGUCGCUUCUCGAGAAACUCGACCUCGCCGAUCUACAGGGGAAAUGGCCGCAGGAAGUGGUUGCCCUUGGCAGUGUCGUGGGCGGAAUCUCCGCUGCGGCGGCGCAGCACCUGGGGCUGCCGGAAGGUAUCCCCGUCGCCCAGGGAGGCGCUGACGCGUUCGUAGGCAUGGUCGGCUUGGGCGUGGUGAACAGCGGAGAGAUGGCAUUGCUCACGGGCUCGUCCCACCUACACCUGGGCCUCACCCACGACAGGCACUUGCACGGCCCGGGCAUGUGGGGCGCUUACCCCGACGCUGUGCUCCCGGGGCUGGGGGUGGUGGAGGGGGGGCAGACGUCUACCGGUAGCGGGAUCGCGUGGUUCCGCCGCCUGGUCUCCGGCGCAUGCCUUACAUGA